UGUGCCGCGGAUGAUCCACACGCGCACUGACCGCUCCGCGAUUUAACCGGACAAAACCUCCAGCACACCAUGUCGGACUGAAUGCACACUCUAAAAAUCGAUGGAUUGGUUUUAAAAUCGUUUCCCGGGGAAAAUACGGUCUUUUGCGCGGGUCAGGAAGGCGAUCUUCCCUUCGCAUCACGAUGGAGCUCACGAUGGAGAACAUUGGAAACAUGCACGGCGUCGCGUCGCACGGCCAGCCAGGAGACCUGAUGAAUUCGUCGCACGGGAGACCACCGUCGGCUUCGCACCGGAAUCUGGUCUCCCACGGCCGCUCGGCGAUGGUGUCCAGCAUGGCUUCGAUUCUGGAGGGCGCCGGUGAUUACCGGAGCGACCCCGCGCUUUCCGGACACCUGCAUCCCGCUAUGACCAUGUGCGAGUCGGGGAUGAGUUUAUCGAACACGUACACCACCCUCACACCUCUUCAGCACCUGCCACCGAUUUCUACAGUGUCCGAUAAGUUUCACCACGCGCACCCGCACCCGCACCAUCACGCCGCGCACCAGCGGCUCGCCACCGGGAACGUCAGCGGGAGUUUCACCCUCAUGCGGGACGACCGCGGCCUCGCUUCAAUGGGAAACCUGUACGGCCACUAUCCUAAAGAGAUGUCAGGCAUGGGUCAGCCGCUGUCCCCGCUAUCCAACGGACUCGGCUCACUGCACAAUUCCCAACAAGCGCUAUCCGCGUACGGACCCGGUGCGCACAUCCCCAAUGAUAAGAUGCUUUCUCCGGGCGGCUUUGAAUCACAUGCGGCGAUGCUUUCCCGAAGCGAGGAGCACCUAGCGCGGAGUUUAGGAGGGCACGGGCAUGGGAUGAUCUCCAAUCUGAAUGGCAUGCACGCUCACGGGCAUCUGCACACCCCGGCGAACGGCUCCAUGCUGGCCGACAGAGAGAGGCACGGCGGCGGGCCAGGGCAAAGCGGCGGCUCGGGGCAGGUGGAGGAGAUCAACACCAAAGAGGUGGCGCAGAGGAUCACGGCCGAACUCAAGCGCUACAGCAUCCCCCAAGCCAUUUUCGCCCAGAGGAUCUUGUGUCGCUCGCAGGGAACUCUGUCGGACCUGCUGCGCAACCCGAAGCCCUGGAGUAAACUCAAGUCCGGCCGCGAGACUUUCCGGCGCAUGUGGAAGUGGCUGCAGGAGCCCGAGUUCCAGAGGAUGUCUGCGUUACGGCUUGCAGCGUGCAAGAGAAAGGAGCAGGAGCAGCACAAAGACAGAAACAUGGUGCCCAAGAAGCAGCGGCUGGUGUUCACCGACCUACAGCGCCGAACACUCAUCGCCAUCUUCAAGGAGAACAAACGACCCAGCAAGGAGAUGCAGAUCACCAUCUCGCAGCAGCUGGGCCUGGAGCUCUCCACGGUCAGCAACUUCUUCAUGAACGCCCGGCGCCGCUGCGUGGACCGCUGGCAGGACGAGCACGCCAGCAGCCCCGGACAGCCCGGGACUUCAGCCAACACCUUUUCCAAGGCGUAAACGCAGAGGAAGACGCUUCGACGCAUGUGCAGCACAUGAUGAUCUACGGUGCCCAUCAAAACUCCUCCGAUUGAGAGUCGGAGGAGCGCGGAUUUCAUUAAUUUUUUUCACAAAAUAACAUUUUAUACAGUGGUCGAGAGAGCUUAAUGUGCUGCAGUUUAAGAAAACACUUGAAAUUAUAAAAAACGCCAGCUAGUUGAGAAAAGAUCUUCAUCAGUUUGACAGCACAAUGCAAACAAAUAAGGAAAAUGUGCUGCAAACAAAUAAAAAAAACAUGCUACAAAUCAUUACAAUGCAAACUAAUUAAUAAAAUC